GGGAGUCAGGAGCAGAGAGCCCGGGAGCACUCAGGCCCGCUCUGCCCGCACACCUGGAAGAUGAAGAUCUCCAAAGGUGCCCUCCUCUUCCUCAUCCUUGCUACUGCCCUUGGACCCCCGGCCCAGGCAUCUUUUCGAUCUUCUGCCCCUGCCGUGCGCCGCUGUGGGGACUGCUGCUUGUCCUACACCUCACCAUCUUUCCUAUGCAAACACAUGAAGGAUUAUGUUCGAAGAAUUGUUGGGUGCUUCCUGCCUGCUAUCCUCUUCACAACCAACAAGGGGGAUGAGUUCUGUGCUAGUCCCCAGAUUCAAGCAGUGGAGUGGUGUAUGGAAGACAUGGAUGCAGCCAAGAGACAGAAAAAUGUGCUGGUUGAGAAGAAGCUACAAUAGAUACCACACACCCACCUCCAUUCUCACACUUUCUGGAGUUUCUUGGCCUGAAUUCUUUUGUCAAAAGCAACAAUUAUGUUCUGUUCUCUUUGUAAAAACUGUGCACCAAUAAAAACUGUUCAAUUUGACUGUACUUGAAC